AUGGCACCGCGAACUCGUGAAGAACUCCUCGCCUACGGCAUUGUCGACCCUCUAAUCGAAGCCGAACUCGCCACCCGACCUCUCCGGGACCCACAGCGCGGAGACCCUUACUUUGGACGAAAUGACUUCUUCGCUAUGAGAGAACACCGAGCGGCGCGGUUGCGUGAGUCCCAUCACCUGCGCUACCUCCCCGGCCCCAUCCCGGACCGGGUCCGCGAGGAAGACUGCAAAGUCACCAUUAGAGACGGCCAUGCAAUCACUGUUCGGAUCUACACACCUGAAAAGACCCCGUCUGAAGGCAGCCCGCUCAUUGUCAUGUAUCAUGAGGGUGGAUGGUGCAUGGGUGAUCUUUCUGAUGAAGAGGUCAACUGUCGCCUGUUCAGUAGGGAUCUCGGUGCAGUCUGCGUCAACAUCGAGUAUCGGCUCGCUCCUGAGUUUCCCUUCCCGGCUGGCGUCAACGACAGCUGGGAUGCUUUGCAAUGGGUAGCUAGGAACGCAACCGAACUAGGCGCACACCCAUCUCAAGGCUUCAUUAUUGGCGGCGGCUCUGCCGGCGGUAAUAUCACAGCCGUCCUCGCCCACCUUGCCCGCGAUAACAGUCUCUCCCCGCCGCUCACUGGGCAAUAUCUAUGCGUCCCAGCCAUCAUGUGCCUCGCGCCCCCCGAAUCCUUGCCUGAGCAAUACCGUCCCGAGUAUCUUAGCCACCCCGCCGUCACGCCGUGCAAAGACCCGGUCAUUGGCACCACCGUCGGCGAUGGGGAAGCUGCACUGCGUGCUAUUAUUCAGCCCGACCUGGAGAGUCCUCUAUUCAUUCCGUUCCACUAUGGAAAGAUCGGUCAAGGUCACAGGGGAUUGCCACCCGCAUACUUCCAGCUGGCUGGGUUGGAUCCUUUCCGAGACGAGGGCCUCAUUUAUGAGCGGGUGCUGAGAGAAGAAGCUGGUAUCAAGACGAAGCUUGAUAUCUACACUGGACUUCCUCAUUACUUUUGGACCAAUUGGCCACUCCUGGAGAAGAGCAAGACAUUCGUGGAAGACACAAUCAAGGGUGUCCAAUGGCUGUUAGAACAGAAGAAGUAG